UACACUGAAUUCUCCCGUUGUUUCUCCUCAACAACAACAUGUACAAAUAAAAAGAAAGCCAGUACAGUAUCAAAAACCAAUGGGGUAUAUUCUUAGUCCGCAAAUAGAACAAAGAAUACAAAGAAAAAAAGUAAUACCACAACAACAACAACAACAAACACGACAGCCAAAGCCAUUACAUUAUCCGCCGCCACAGCAACCUCCACAACAACAGCAACAACAAAAUAAAAAAAAGGUACGGUUUGAUGAGAAACCGACAUGGUAUACAUAUGAACGUGAAGAAAGUGAUGAUGAAGAGCAGACAGAUACCAAUGUUGAUGAUGAUGAUGUGUAUUAUGAGAACAACCACGACCUAUACGAUGAUAUGGAUCAUCAUUAUACCCAAACUUAUUCCAUAAAUAGUAACAGAAACGGCGAUAGUAGUCAUAGUGGAUAUAUGCAAGAUAGACCAUGGGCAUCAAGUAUUAUACUGAAUAAACGUAAUAGUCUGAAAGGGUAUCGUUAUGACGAUGGGGUAGACUAUGACGAAGAAGAUGAUGACAUAGAUGGAUAUGGUGAUUUGUGGGAAAAGCGAUAUUACAUCCGUAGACAUGACUCAUUAGGUCAUCGUCCGCCUGUUCGAAGAUCAAGAGUGUAGAAGAAAAGAAUUGUUGCGCAUAUGGUCGCGUCUUUCUCUUUUUUCUCUUUUAUAUUUCAAACUGUUUAAAAUAAAAAAGGAAAUGUACCAACUACAGCCACGCACUUACACAAAAGGGAA